CAUUCACCUUAAAUGGACAAGCUGAGGAGUUGAUUGACAAACUAAACGACGCCCCUUCGUUUACUGAGCCACUCCCCUGCUUUGGCUCCCUACCAGAGUCUGCUUUGGCAACAAGGAUACGCAUGGAGCCUCCAUCACCUCCAGUCUCUUUUACGCACCGAGUCCGAUAAUGCGCGCAGGUACAGGGACUCUAAUCGCAACGUUUCCAGCCUCUACACUCAGCAAUUAAUCUCCUCUCAUGGACUAAUAUGAAAAAAGUGGAUGUAGAGGUUUGACACAGCCAAAAAAGGAGGCACAUUUCUCGUGGAUCGAUCUUGUUUUCCAUCACCGAGGGUCAGCAUGGACGUCUUGGCGAACCACAGCAUCUUUCAGGAACUUCAGCUCGUCCACGACACCGGCUACUUCUCUGCCAUGCCUUCGCUGGAGGAGAACUGGCAGCAGACCUGUCUAGAACUGGAGCGUUAUCUGCAGACGGAGCCCAAACGUCUGUCGGAGCUCUUUGACCAAGACCUGGAUGGCCUCCUAACUCCGGCCUACCUGAAGGAGGAUGGUGAGGAAGAGCUGACAGACACCCUUCUCCCUAGCCUGCCUAGCCUCCCUGAGCCCCCAAGCCCUCCUCCAGUGAUCCUCUCUCCAACGCGAAAGAAUUUUCCCUCCACGGGAGCAAUGAAAAGAGACCUCAAACCCAAGGGCCAAGGCCUGGAAAAUGUAAAAGGGAUGGAAGGGGACCACCAGGCCCAACUGAGUGCUGUCACAUCCUUGACGCCCCCAUCAUCACCAGAACUGGGCCGGCACCUUGUCAAACCCAACCAGACACUGACAGCUUCGGCUGAUGGGACCCUUACCCUGAAGCUGGUAGCUAGGAAGGUGGGGCUUAGCGCAGCACGGCUUGUGGCAGCGCAUGCACUCCCUGUCCGGGUGAAGGACGAAGAGGAGGGGGCUGCAUGUGUGAUCGGGGUCGGGGAGCUACCAGAGAACAAGAAGAGGAUCCACCGCUGUCAAUUCAAUGGUUGCAGGAAGGUAUACACCAAGAGCUCCCACCUAAAGGCCCAUCAGAGGACACAUACAGGUGAGAAGCCGUACAAGUGCUCGUGGGAGGGCUGUGAGUGGCGAUUCGCCCGGAGCGACGAGCUGACGAGGCACUACCGCAAACACACCGGCGCCAAGCCUUUUAAGUGCAACCACUGUGACAGGUGUUUCUCACGGUCGGAUCACUUGGCGCUACACAUGAAGAGGCACAUCUGAGGAAUCUGAGAGAGGUCAGCGGGGGUGGAAGAGAGGGGAAGGCAAUGGAGGCAGAGUGGAGGAAGGAGAGGGAUCAUCAUAUGCAGAAAAAUAACACCAUGGACGUUAGAGGCAGAGGGAUGGAUUCAAAAAAAAAAAAAAAAAAAAAAAGCACCAGAUUUGGCCAUUUUGGACUGGGCGGGGGAUGCACCGCAUAGGGACACUGACUACAGACAGAAACACAGGCAGGCAGACGGAUCCUGAUUGGUCUGUCAAUCUGUACUUGACCAGUUGGUCCAUGAUUCCACAGUGAUACGUCGUCACCCCACAAAUGUCUCCCGGUGUUGUCGCAUGGACGAUACAGACGCUUCAUCCCACCCGUCGUAUGUGUCUCAGAGGGGAUGUCACAUGAUGAUUGGUGGGCCACGUGCCUGUAGUUGGCAGCUCCGCGUUGUAGUCGUUCUUGGAGUCUUUGCAAACGUCCCUCGCUUCCAAAAUGUCAGCCCUGUUCAUGCAGCAGUGCUCCAUGUACCAGCGAGCUCACCAAACUGGACCAGUUGUACAGUAAUUUCAGCUAACAGCAAAAGUGCUGUUUGUAUAUUCAAAUUUUCCUCCUCUUAGGACAUACUGUAUCUUGACCUGAGGACAACACUUUAUUUUACAACAGCAGCCAAACAGCAACAACAGGGUAAGCAAGCAAGAAAGCUGGCUUUCACUCCCUCAAACUUGCCACAGCCUUUACAAUUCACCAAAGGGUGUGUCAUCUCAUAUACAGGACAGAUAAUAAUUUGACAAUUUUUCUUCUGACCACAUCUGCCAACUGGAUUCAUUUAUAAAUCCCUCUGGUCUGAUGGCAUCGGAGCACUUGUUUGAACGGAGCGUUAGAUUGGAUUUCUGGAAGACGUGAAGGUGGGAGUGUGUUGCACUGAUGUGCUGUGAAGACUGAUUGAGGUCAUCCAGAGGACUGGCUUGCUUUAUGAGCAUCAUCCAUUGAGGGUUACCACUGGAUGAGGCUAACUAAUCUACUCUGGGAAAGACUGUUCAUCUCCUAGAAUGUCAGCUGAACCCAAGCGUCUCAAAAGAUGCUAGAUGGCCCCUAAGAGUGUUUUUCCUCUCCUGGAUUUUGGCUCUUACGAGUUGUUGUCAGGAACUGUUGCACAAUUGACUCUUUGCAAACUUUUUGUAAAAAAUCCCCACCAUCUUGAACUGGCAGACAAUUGGGACUCACCAAACGCUGGCUUUCACAUGCCCUCUGAAGUGUGGACAGCCACAUGCACAAAUUGAAGCAGCUAGCUGACUGCAAUAGCACACCGACAAACAAGAUCACUAUGUAUGAUAAAGGCUAUAUUGUUUCUAAGAAAGCAUUCUCCUAUUUGUUCAAAAUAGACAAUUGAAAUGACCAUUUUGAAGAACGCAAUGGAAACGGAUGCAGCCAAAAAAUACGAAAGUGUCUACUGCAGAUGCCUGAAAUGAUCUCUUUGGCCUGAGAGUGAUUGGCACCUAACUAGUCACUGGAUCAAGGAGGGUUUUGUCCUGUUCACACCACCCAUGCAGAUCUCUUCCAAUUUAGCAGCUCUCAGAAUUAAUUUCAGAGAAAAGCAACAUUCAACUGCUCUCCUAAUCAGGCCCUAUGCAUGUCCAAGAACAUUCCUGCUGACUUCCUGACCAUACAUAUAUGUCUCAAUGCAGAUUUCCACCCUGCCGGACACAGAAGGACUCGUAGGGAGACACACGACACAAAUUCAAUCAGUUGGGUGGCUCUUCACUGAGCAAAUCAAUGUGAAUGUAUCUGUUGUUAAGUCUGUACAUGUUGCCAGGCCCACUAAAACACAUGAGUGUGGUUGGUAAGAGCAAACCAGACACCAUUUGUGUUUAUACAGUAGCUUCUCUUUUUCACAUCUGAAACGAAUGGGUGGACUUGAAAUAACAAGCUAGUCAUGGCUGGUAGCUUUUGAAAUUUUACUGGUCGUACUAGAACAGCGGGAGGUCAUGAGUGCAGAUUUCCAGUGGGUGGCUGAAAUGGGUUAUGGGAGGAAUAGAUCUGCUCAGUCAGCAAUGAUAACUGCCCCAUCAGCUCAUGAAACUGCAGUGGAGUGAAACCCACACACACCAGACACACAGACACACUCCUAGAAAACUGGAACUGACAGUUCUUGGUGAUCUGCCUCUUGUCCUGCUGAAGACACAUAAGACCUGGUUGUUAUUCUUUAAGUUUCAUAUCUGUGAUCCUCAAAUGGAUCUGAAUUUUGGAUGAGCAUCGACUCAGCUCAAGCGCACACAAAUCCAACGGGCAGCUUGGACAAAGUAGAUUGUCAGGAUUCUUAUGAGCUCGAUUGGGAACAACAAUGUCAAGAUGUUUAGUCUUUAUUUUUAAGGACUUUUAAUACUAUGAGGCAAAGCGAGGCACACAGCCGUCUGCUUUUUGGCAAGGGAGGCACUAAAUUGAUUUCACUUUGUAUACCAGAGGCACAUUUCAAUUUUGUGUGUGAAUGCAGCCCAGGCUCAAUCAUAUCUAGACAUGAUCUGUCUGAGGCUCUGGAAGUAGAAGUUGUAUCACCUCCUGCUUCACAUAAAUAUUGAAAAUCUUUUUGUCUAAAUGUGCAAACAAGCCAGGCUCCCUUUUAUAUUGAAUAUCGAGGUGAGAGGCUUUCGCUUGCUAAGGCAGCAGGGAGCGACCAUAAGCGAAACAAACUGAUGCAAGUUUUAACCGCUGAUUUGUUUUCAAGGAGACCAGACAUUCUCAUAGGCCAUCCAGGCUGCAGCUAUCAAGACUACCGGUUCUUCUUUGGGUUUGUUUGCAUUAAUAAAAGUUAUAAAUACUGGCAAACGCUUGGGAUUUGGUUUGUACGAGAUCUUAAAAUCAAUUAUGAUGGGAAUGUCAAAGCAGGUUGGCGGGUUAGCAGGUUUGUGGUUUUCCUGCUUAGCACACGUCUUGGUGUGAAAAAUAGCAGUUCAAGCCGUGGGUUAAACUUGUAUCAUCAAUGGCAGCUCUACUCGUGUGUUUCAGUAUUUCAAUGGGGCACUCUCUUGUUUAACUGAAUGGUUGUGAAUGUGUGGGAUUGUGCAGCUCGGGAGUGUUGUUUUUGUUUUUGUUCAUGUUCAUGUACCAAUCACAGACGGCUGAGAAUUUUGGACUGAAACGCUGAAUGAAUUGCUUUUCAUGUUCGCUGAGACUU